AUGAGAAAUUACGAUUGGGGUUACUCGGCAGUCUGCGUCUACUCUGUUGGUUACAUCAGCAAACACUUCAGAACGUCUUCCCUGAAAAACUACAGUGGGAAAACCCCUGCAGUGAAGCCAGGACAGUGUCUGCGAGGAAAUGAGAAGACUCCACCCGAGACGUUCAAAGUGAUCGACAGCUAUCCAGAGGUGGCGGACCAAAUGAAUGGGAAAACCAUCUUCUACAACAAACAUCACUAUCAGAAACUUGGAGUCCACCAGGUUCAGGCAGCAAAUAACGAGAACUAUGAUGUUCUGUACUUAGCCACAGACAAAGGAAGCAUCCAUAAAGUGAUCGUCUUGCCGAGCGGACCCAUGAAUAUCCUGGAAAUCCAGCCUUUCCAAUCUCAGGCGGUCAUCCUCGCCAUGAUUUUAGACAAGUUAAGGAAUGAAUUGAUUGUGGCUUCCGCAAACGAAGUGGUACAGGUCCCCAUGGCCUCCUGUGGGGCAUAUAAGAACAACUGUGGGAGUUGUGUGCUGUCCAGGGAUCCCUACUGUGGAUGGGUCAACGAGAAAUGUACUUCCAUUAAUGAGCACGGAAAUAGAACUGUAUUGCAGUCUAUAAGCCAUGAUGUUCCUCAAAACAUUUGUCCUACUUCAAACAACUCUGAAGGAAACAGCAGAAGUCCGUAUGCGAAGGAAGUCAGCGUGGCCUUACACUCCCGCUAUUUCAUGAAUUGCUCUCAAGAAUCUCAUUAUGCCAAUUACACCUGGUUUCACAAUGACCGGCCAGUUGCCCAUUGCAACUCUGGCCACCGUCACUGUCUUCAUUUCAUUGACAAUAUGACCGCUGAGCUCUAUGGCAAGUACUCCUGCGUAUCUACAGAAGAUUGGUUCAAUCAGACAGUCAUAACUGAAUACCUGGAGAAUCCCUCUCAGGGCAGUAGGGAAAGGCAAGAAAAAUCAAUAGGAUUUGCCUCUACGCCAUCUUUAUCAUUCUGGCUGGGGUUACUCCACAUGACAGCCAUAGUCUUCAUCGUCCAGUAAAGCCCGAUCUUCUGUGGACUUUCGCAACAUGCCCCUACUUGGCCGGAUAUUGAGGAGCAUCUCUGCUGAAGGCAUCUCACAGUUCAGGAGGUUGUAGAGCUGAACCUUCUUGAGGUUCAAAGGUCAGCGUAGAUGGUCUUUGAACGCAACCUCUCCUUGAGCUUCUUGAUAUCUGGCUGGGGGCAAAGAAAGAAGAAGAGACUCCAGAAGAAGGAAAAAUGAUGGAUACCCUCCGUUUCCCUUGUCGAGAUGGGUGGUUCUACAGAUUGGGCAAAUAACGCCGUAAGUAAAUAUAUCGGGAAGAACAUGGAGUCAUCUUCAUGGGGAAACCUUGCAGUGGCCCUGAGACCUGACUAAUCUAACCUCGAAAAAGAAAGACGAGUUUCACCGAGAAGGAGAUUAGCAUCCACAAGGUCUAAUUUCGCAAGAUCUCUGCCAGAAAGUGGCUUUUCCACAAAGUUAACUCCUUCCCGUCUGUCCAUUUGUAGAACGAGCUUUGGCUCCAACGUUUGUUCAGGAGUCCAGCUUGAGAAAAAUGGCGUUUUCAAUUCUCCACCGUCUCCGUUGGUGUUACUGCUGCUUAUUGAAGGAGAUAGCGAGUGCCAGUUAAAGCUGUCCAGCCAGGUCAAUAGGGUUGAAAAAAAAACCCAACCACCCUUAUUAUAUUUCAGUAUAGUUGCAGAAUAUUUAUUUAUUAUAUUUUCUCUCUCUC